AUGAGCUCUCUGAAGUCCGGCCUCAAGGGCUUCGGUUUCGGCAAACGCAAAUCCAACGCCGCCAUCCAACCUCAAUCACAACCGGCGAGCACUCCUCCCACUACCUCCAACAACGAUUCGCGGCCCAGCGUCUCGUCCCAGAGCCAGACCCCUCCUCCGGGUGCUCCCCAAAUACCGCCGCCGCAGCUCUACAACCCAGCCCCGCGCCCGGGUAUCCCCCCUCCGACCGAUCCUGCCGCAGCAGUCCCAAUGAACCAUCCAGGAGCUGGCGCGCGACCCCCCAGCUACACGCCCAACUACCCGCCGGGCCCCCCGGGCCCUCUGGGCCGCACGAGCCCUCUGACGAAUCCAGGCCCGACUCGGGCUCCACCGACUCAGAUGGUCGGCGGCCCGCCGCCCAUUACUACGGGCGCCCCUCCGGUUGCUGGGUAUCCGCCGCCAGUUAUGGGUCAUCCUCCUCCACAUCCUGGUGUCCAUCCGGGAGCUCCGCCGGUUACGACUGCUCCUCCGGGAUAUGCUGGCUACCCGCCGCCGGCCCCGCAGCCUGUGGUUGGCCCCGUGGCCCCGUACAACCGGACCAACAAUGCCGCGGAGGUCGAUGGUGACAACAAGAAGAAGGCCCAGCUAAUUGUGGGCAUUGACUUUGGUACCACGUUCUCUGGCGUUGCUUUUGCCUUUAUCACUGGCAACGAAGUCAAGGAAGAUAUCAUCACUGAGUGGCCUGGUGCCGGCUCAUACACAAAACAGAAGAUCCCUACCGUACUUUAUUAUGAUCAGUUCCAGAAGGUCGUCGGCUGGGGCCCGGAUAUCGCUGACGCCCUCGCCCCAACCGGCUAUCCUAAGCCUGGUGUGCAGAAAGUAGAAUGGUUCAAGCUUCAGCUGAUGAUGUCGGGUAACACGUACAUUGAUCCCAUCAACCUGCCCCCCCUGCCGCCCGGCAAGUCCGAAAUCGAUGUCGCCGCAGACUAUCUGUUUAAGCUCCGCCAAGCCAUGCGGCAGUCACUACAGAAGACACUCGGCGAGGUGUUCACCCGUGAGGAGAGAAAUAUAAAGUAUUACCUGACCGUCCCAGCCAUCUGGAACGACGCUGGCAAGGCUGCUACCCGUGCCGCUGCCAUCCAAGCCGGUUUCUUGCGCGACGAAAACGACAAUCGUUUGACUCUGAUCAGCGAACCCGAGGCUGCGGCUCUGUUCUGCUCCAAGACCGGCCUGCUUAACUUAAAGGUUCACGACGCUGUGUUAAUUGUUGACUGCGGUGGUGGUACCGUCGACUUGAUCGCAUACGAAGUCGAAGAUGAGAAUCCGUUCACUGUGUGCGAGUGCACGGCUGGUUCAGGCGACUCUUGCGGUUCGACGGCGCUGAACCGUAAUUUCAGCAAUAUCCUGCGCACCAAGAUCCGCAAGAUGAAGCUACCCGACGGGUCUAAGACGGCUGGCCGUGUGUAUGCCAAGUGCAUUAUGGACUUCGAGAACCGCAUCAAGGCCGAUUUCCGGAAUAACGGUCAGAAGUGGGCUGUCGACGUCGGUAUCGAGGCCGAGUUCCCCGAGGCCGGCAUUGAGGAAGGCUACAUGACCUUCACCAACGAAGAGAUUCUGCAGUGCUUUGAGCCUGUAGUCAACCGUAUCCUGGAACUCGUCCGUAACCAGAUCAUCGCUAUCCAAGCACAAAACCGCACGCUUCAAAACAUCUUGGUCGUCGGUGGUUUCGGUGCGUCCGAAUAUCUGUUCCAGCAGAUCAAGCUGCACGUGCCGCCGCAGUUCCAGUCUAAGGUCGUUCGGCCCAUGGACUCCGUCGCUGCCAUUGUCAAGGGUGCUGUCACCGCUGGUAUUACGGAAAGGUUUAUCACCCAUCGUAUCGCUCGUCGCCACUACCUCAUGGCUACGCUGCAGCCGUUCAAGGAGGGCUAUCAUCCUGAGGCAUACCGUGUGCCGUCGCUAGAUGGAAAGGACCGCUGCAAGUUCACUAGGCAGAUCUUUGUGCACAAGGGUCAGAAGGUCAAGAUUGGCGAGCCGGUCAAGGUGUCGUUCUUCCGGCAGGUCGCUCCCGGCGCUACGCUCAUGUAUGAGGAUAUCCUUUAUGCGUGCGACGAUGAUGUGUGCCCGGAGUACACCAAGGAUCCUAGAAUCAAGGAGGUCGUCACGCUCACAUCGGAUCUGUCGCGUAAGAACCUGGAAAAGGACUUCGAGCGUAUGGACACACCACAGGGCACCUUCUAUCGGGUCUACUUCGACAUUUACUUGACGUUGGACGGCUCUGAGUUCAGUGCCGAGUUGGUAUGCCAGGGCGAGGUCAUGGGACGGUGCAGGGCACGGUUCAGAUAA